AUGUCUUCUGAGUACGGUGUCCUUAUCUACGACAAGCCUGAUGCUGAUAGAAGAAAAUUUUUCAAAGAACACAUUGCUGGAAUAGCUCCCAUGGUCAAUUCUGGAGUUAUCAAGGUUGCUGGAGCAAUUUUCAAAGAUGAAACAAGAACCAAGGUAGUCGGUAGUUCGAUUCAAUUGGCCGCAAAUUCCAAAGAAGAGGCCAUUGAGUUGUUGAAGAAGGAUGCUUUCUACGUCAAUGGUAUCUGGGAUCUUGAUAAUGCUGUGAUUACUUCAAUUGCGACAGCAGUCCGUAUUCCUAAGAAGUUCCCUGGAACCAAUGAAGAACUCUACAAGCUUUAG